ACAACAGUGACAGAUCAAGACCGCAUUUGUGUUUGCAACCAGCUAUGGGUGUAGUCUGAAAAAGUGGAUACAGUAGCGCACCGCAAUAUACCUCGAAGUUUCAUCCUCAUGAAGGAGCUCCGUCCUGGCUGAGUUUGGGAGAUGGGAGUACUCAACAUUGCAGACCAGCCUCCUCUGGUCCAGGCCAUCUUCAAUCGUAAUGCUGAAGAAGUUCAACUAUUAUUGCACAAAAAGGAGGAUGUCAAUGCACUGGACCAAGAUCGCCGUACGCCACUUCAUGCUGCUGCCUGUGUGGGUGACGUCCAUAUAAUGGACCUCCUCAUUGAAUCAGGUGCCACUGUAAAUGCUAAAGACCAUGUAUGGUUGACCCCGUUGCACAGGGCGGCUGCUUCCAGGAAUGAAAGGGCAGUGGGUCUGCUGCUGAGGCGCGGAGCAGAGGCAAACGCACGAGACAAGUUCUGGCAGACACCGCUGCAUGUGGCUACUGCCAACCGUGCCACGCGCUGCGCAGAGGCCCUGCUAACCCAGCUGAGCAACCUGAACAUGGCAGAUCGCACCGGCAGAACUGCCCUGCACCACGCAGCUCAGAGUGGGUUCCAAGAGAUGGUGAAGCUGCUGCUGAACAAAGGGGCCAACCUGAGUGCCAUCGAUAAGAAGGAGAGACAGCCUAUCCAUUGUGCUGCUUACUUGGGGCAUUCAGAGGUUGUGAAGUUGCUGGUGUCCCGCAGUGCAGACAAGAGCUGCAAGGAUAAGCAGGGCUAUACACCUCUCCAUGCUGCUGCUGCAAGUGGUCACAUCGAAAUUGUGAAGUACCUACUGAGGAUGGGGGCAGAGAUUGAUGAGCCCAAUGGCUUUGGAAACACUCCACUCCACGUGGCUUGCUACAUGGGGCAGGAGGCGGUGGCUACCGAGCUGGUGAACCAUGGAGCUAAUGUUAACCAGCCCAACAAGUGCGGCUACACCCCUCUGCACCUGGCUGCCGUCUCCACCAACGGUGCCCUCUGUCUGGAGUUGCUGGUCAACAAUGGGGCAGAUGUCAACCAGCAGAGCAAAGAAGGGAAGAGCCCCCUGCACAUGGCAGCCAUUCAUGGACGCUUCACACGCUCUCAGAUCCUCAUCCAAAAUGGUGGGGAAAUUGAUUGCGUGGAUAAGUAUGGCAAUACUCCUCUCCACGUUGCUGCUAAGUACGGCCAUGAACUGCUGAUCAGCACUCUGAUGACCAACGGAGCAGACACGGCCAGACGUGGGAUCCAUGGAAUGUUCCCCUUGCACUUAGCUGUGCUGUACGGGUUUUCAGACUGUUGUCGCAAGUUACUCUCCUCAGGUCAGCUGUAUAGUAUAGUUUCAUCUAUGAGUAAGGAGCAUGUACUAUCGGCUGGGUUUGACAUAAACACCCCUGACAACUUUGGGAGGACCUGUCUACACGCUGCUGCCUCUGGAGGAAAUGUUGAAUGUCUGAACUUGCUCUUAAGCAGCGGUACUGACUUGAAUAAGAGGGACAUAAUGGGAAGGACACCGUUGCACUAUGCAGCUGCUAAUGGGAGGUACCAGUGCACUGUGACCCUGGUGAGCGCUGGCGCUGAGGUCAACGAGCCUGACCAGACAGGCUGUACUCCCCUGCACUACUCUGCUGCCUCCCAAGCCUUCAGCAGAGUCGAUCGUCAUUUUUCUGGCAACCAUCAGAACGAUGAGGAUGAGGCGAAGGAGUCAUACUUCUGCUUGGAGCAUCUUUUGGACAAUGGUGCUGAUCCAUCCAUGGUCAACUCAAAGGGUUACAGUGCUGUCCACUACGCAGCUUACCAUGGCAACAAGCAGAACCUGGAGUUGCUCCUGGAGAUGUCUUUUAAUGCACUAGGAGACAUAGAAAGCAGUAUUCCAGUCAGUCCACUGCAUCUUGCUGCUGACAAGGGCCACUGGCAGGCACUGCGUGUGCUGACGGAGACUGCAGCCUAUGUUGAUAUGCAGGAUGCUGCGGGCCGUUCUGUGCUCUACUUGGCUGCACAGAAAGGGUACGCCCGCUGUGUGGAGGUACUGUUGGCUCAGGGGGCCUCCUGUCUCCUCAAUGACAACCGCCUCAUGUGGACUCCAAUUCAUGUUGCAGCUGCCAAUGGUCACUCAGACUGCCUGCGCAUGAUGAUUGAUUAUGGAGAGGAGGGGGAUCUCACCAACGUUGCGGACAAAUUUGGCCAGACCCCUCUGAUGCUAGCUGUUCUGGGAGGUCACACUGACUGUGUUCACUUCCUGUUGGAGAAGGGUGCCUUGCCAGAUGCCAAGGACAAGAGGGGCAGCACAGCUUUGCACAGAGGGGCGGUGUUGGGACAUGAUGACUGUGUGACAGCCCUGCUGGAGCACAAAGCUUCUGCACUGUGUCGGGACGUCCAGGGUAGUACACCGCUGCACUACGCUGCAUCCAGAGGCCACACGGAGAUCCUGGCCAGUCUGGUGCAGGCCACCAUGGCAACAGACCCACAAGAUAAACUGCUGGACAACAAACAAUACACCCCAUUACACUGGGCUGCUUACAAAGGGCAUGAAGACUGUUUGGAGGUUUUACUUGAAUUUAAAACAUUUAUCCAUGAAGAGGGAAACCCUUUCACCCCCCUGCACUGUGCUCUGAUGAAUGGCCACAGCGGUGCUGCAGAGAGGCUGCUGGAAUCUGCUGGGGUCCACAUGAUUAACACCAGAGAUGCCAAAGGAAGGACCCCACUGCAUGCUGCUGCAUUUGCUGAGGAUGUCGCAGGACUUCAGCUGGUGCUUCGCCAUGGGACAGAGAUCAAUACAGUGGACAAAAGUGGACGCUCUGCUCUGAUGGUAGCUGCUGACAAGGGACACAGUGGCACCGUGGCCAUCCUCCUUCACCGGGCCAAGGCUGACCUGACACUGCUGGAUGAGAACAGGAACACUGCCCUGCACCUGGCCUGCAGCAAGGCUCAUGAGAUGUGUGCCCUGCUGAUUCUGGGGGAGAUCCACAGUCCCACACUCAUAAACGCCACCAACAGUGCUCUGCAAAUGCCCCUCCAUCUUGCAGCACGUAAUGGCCUGGCUACGGUGGUGCAGGCACUGCUGAGUAGAGGAGCCACUGUGCUGGCUGUGGAUGAGGAGGGCCACACCCCAGCUCUGGCCUGUGCUCCUAACAAGGACGUGGCUGACUGCCUGGCUCUGAUCCUCUCUACCAUGAAGCCUUUCCCCCAGCGGGACCCUUCCUCCUGCUCCUGCUCCUCUCCCACCGUCUCCCCCUCCCCGGGUCUCAACUUGCUGAAGCACUGCGGCAUCACCGCCACCUGCGCCCCCCUGCCCAGCAACGGCCUCCACAACGGCUACGUCAAAGACCGUCACGGUGCACCGGUCGGCCUGGAUGGGUGUCUGUCUGAGUGAGGUCACGUGCCCCCCUCAGUCAGCUGCUAUCACCAUCAUCACCACCAGGGGGGGACUCCCUUUAACAUGGCCCCGAGGACCAGGAGAGCACCCACCCACAUGUCUGUUCUGUGUAUGUAUGUGUUUGUGUGUCUGUGUGUGCGUGAGUGUUUGGUCUUCUCUUGAGGUGCAGUCAAACCUAAUAUGCAAUUAGAUCCCAUUCCUCCAUCUCCUAGUAGUGCUUAAUAUGUAGGGGCGGAUUGCUCUACAAGGUCACUCAGAUAAAGUGUGGCAUCCAAAACAAACACUAGCAAUCUGGCCAUCUCUAAAUCAUUUAACCCUUUAAAACCAUGUUGAGACAAUUAUAUAACCGACAUCUAAGAGCAUGGAAAUCGCUGUAUCCUCGACUGUCUUUCUCUUCAUAUCAUUCAGUAUAAAAGUCAUAUCAUGUUUAAUCAGUUGUGGUGACCUUGUAGAGGAACAUACAGCCUUCCCAAAAGAAUGAUCAAAGAGUUUCUUUGUUUGUUUUUUGAUUUAUUUUUUUCUUUCUUUUUUGUUUUAAUUGUCCGUUAGCUUAGAUUUUUAUGAAGGAACCACACAAGGGAAAAAUCUAAAUUUUGCUUAAGAGUGCAAUGCUUGUGUACUACAGUACAAUCCGAAAAUUUGGAAAAGGGUCACAAAGAUGUUAAUUCCAUAGUGUACUUUAAAUGUACGGCCUAGAAUUGUUUGGCAUUUUAAGAUAAUUUGGUAAUGCUGCUGAAUACAUUAGCAUGUCUCCUUCCAAAGGAGAGCCAUGUUUCGGGUCAGCGCUGUAACAUCGAUUUGUUCUUAAUGCUGACUUCAUGUUUUAAAGAUGCUAAAUAAGUGUUUGUUAAGCUAGAAUGUUUCUAAGCAUAUAACUUAUGACCAAAGUUGAUCAACACUAUUAUGGCUAUAAAUUAUUUAUUUGAGAUGAACUGUACUGUAUAGAGAAAGACAAUAGAUCUUGAUAUACCUCGUCAACUCGUUUAGCAGCUGCUUCAUCUUCACCCAGGGUCCGUAGGCCUAAUGUUCUCUUUUUUGUAGGACUAGAGAACUACUGUAGGAUAGUGACUGACUGAGGCCUUGUUUAUUUCUAGAUGAAGGCUUUACUAGUAAUAUCUGCCAACAACACCUCAUCAAAGCGUCAUAUAUCUGAGCACAUAAAUGAACAAGCCAUUUCAAUUUAUUUCCCAUCUCUUUAACAGUGUUUUUUGGAAAAGAUUUCAGAAUUUGAAUGGCCUAAUUAUCGAAAGAGAGCGAUCAGUUUUGGUUUUUAGGCACUCAUGACGUUUUUUUCUUUUGUGUUUUUUCUUUUUUUUUUCUUUUUUCUUUUUAAGUUGAACUGGCCAUUAAGCAUUGUGGUUUUAACAAGCUGUCACUAAAAGGAGUAUUUUGUGGAGCUGGUAAACUAGUCUUAAACAAAUAAUAGCUCAUAUCGCAACUUCUCAGUGGUCAGCUCUGAUCAAUUUGAACAGAUAGAGUAUUGUCUGCUAUUUUUAUUGGGCAGUUUUCAAGCAAUAUUUUCUUUUGGCCUUUUUGUUUAACAUUAUUGAAUAGACAAUCACUGUCACAAGGGCUUUUGUUUCCCUGGAAUGUGUUUGAUUUUUUCUUUCUCUUUUUUUUUUUUUUUUUUUGCGUUUUUAUUGUUUCAUGAAAAAUUACCUAAAGACUAAACGAAUGGCUCUGUGUGUGCCGGGCAUUUUACUGUCAGUGUCAACACAAAUGCACUGGAUUGCCUUUAUGGCAUCUCAUGAAAUGCCUUUUGACCCAUGCCUUCCGUAACACAUCAUUUCAGUUGGAUUGCGUAAUGGCAGAGUAUGAUGAGCCCUGAGACUGAUUAACUUUCCACACAUUUGAUAGCAACAGCAUUGAACCACAGUUGCACCAUAUUAUCUAGUGGAAAACAAAUUGCCCGGCAUAUCUUUAUAUGCCCCGGCAUUAUUAAUGACCAGGGAGGUGAUAUCCCUUAUAGAAGAAAAUAGGGCUAAGAGGAAAAUGAGAGGGAUCUUUGCUUAGGCCAAUACCUGUUUAGAUUUCAGGAAUAGCAGAAAUCCAAAUAUGUGCUUUUUUGGUGUUCAUUUUGUUGUCUCCUCAUCCCAUUUCUGGUACUAAGCAUACUAAAGAUGAUUGUAUCGGACCACUAGAGCUGUUUGUGACUUUUAGAUGUUAUAUCUAUGCUAUUUUGUCGGGUUUUUUUUUUUUGUUUGUUUUUGUUUUGGGGUUUUUUUGUUUUUGUUUUUUGUUUUAGACCAUCUGCUGGUGGUUAAAUUACACUGAGUCAGAUUGUUUUCAUUGAUGUGAUAACUUCAUAUCCACUGGUAAUGAAGUGGCACAAUUGCACACAUUAGUUGACUGGAUGAGAGAUGAGGACCUAGACUAGGCUAUGUUGUUAAAUACCCCCGCGAGAAAGUCUUUAGUGUAUUUUACUUGAUUUUCUAAAACUGACUAAGUCCAUUUCAGAGCAGUAAUUUCUCAGAGUUAGUGUCAUAGAUUCGUAGUUGGCAUUUCAAUUGACCUCCAUAAUUGAUUGAAAUGAAAUGGAUCUAAUUUGUGACCCCCAACCUUUGUUCCCUUGAUCAAUUUAUCAUUUCUACAAGAACAGUUAUAAUAUUAUUAUUAUUAUUAUUAAUAUUAUUAUUAUUAUUAAUAUUAGGGAUAGGUACAUAAUUUUUUUGUAAUCUCAGGACCUGUGCUGAAGCAGCGGGCAGAAUUUAUUAAUCCAAUCAGAUCUCAGCAGGAUGAUUAUGUCUACGUUUUUGUUUGAUGGGAUUUUCCGUAAUUUAAUUCCUUUUUAACCCUAAUCCCACAGCACUUAAUUAGAUAGUCAAGCACGCACUUUAGUACAUUCAGGUUCUAAGUGUGCAAAAUAGAGCAGAUGUAAUGUAUGUACUUAUGUUUACAUGCAUGUGUGUUGCUGCUGAAUACAGGAAGGUAGGGUUGCAAAAGACAAGCAAAGGCUGCAACAAAAUUGUACUCUAACAAUGCAUUACUUAAAAAAAAAAAAGUGUCUCUAAGUACUUUGGGACAGUGUCCACUGCCCGCUGACUUUCUUUGUGUUAUCUAUUUCUGGGCAACCGGCCCAAAAAAAAAAAAAGUGACAAGGUUACAUUACCCAGCCUACUGUUAAUAAUACAGACUCUGGCCUAAGUCACUUAAAGUCAGUCCAGUGAUUCAACAGACACCUCAGGCAGACUCCUCAAAAUACUCUACAUACUCUCUCUGCCAUCUGCAGGUGAUGUCUGUUUGGGCAGGGAUUUUUUUCUCUUGUGAUGUCCUUAUCUGACCAGUAAAUGGAGCCAUUGCCCCUGCAACUAUACAGGUUGCAACUGAAUCCUUUUGUUGUAUCACAGUAUUCUUAUACAUGCUUUUUUUAUUUGUGUGUACCAGUGAUAACUGAGUGAUUGUGCAUGGAGCUAGAUCACAAUUUUGAUAUAGUAACGGUUGAACAAGUGGAGCAUAUACAAUAUAUCUGGUGUCAGAAACGGAAAGCAAUGAAAGGUCCAAUUGUAGCAAUAGAGAGUGUGUGUAAUCGUGUGCAGCACAAAUAUUGCACUGCCAUCCAUUUAGGCCAAUUCAGUAAAUCAUAGCAUAAAUGCCAAUGGAAGAUUUAAAUGCGGGUUAGAUGUUAUAAUCUUUGGUCACAAAUAAGGCCUGUUUUGCCAAAAUGUGUCGAGAGGGGGAAAACCUCUUAGUAAAGCAGCAAUGGAUUUAUGCAUAUGUUCAAGCAGUUUACAGUCUGACCAUCAAAUCUGAGCCAUGAAUUUUCUGACUGAAAUGAAUGUAGGGUCAGUUUAGAGCAGGACAACUUGCUUUCUCCCGACUUUAAACUGUUGCUCUUCAUUUGUCUUGCGUAGAUAUGAUUAUACAGGUAGCAUGUAAUAACUAAUUCCCACAUAUUAUACAGUAUGUGUAGUAGUCUUCCUGCAUUGAGGGUCUGGAUAGGUUUUGUUCUUGGCAUUAUUGUUGGAGUGUAGGCCUGCUGUUGUGUAAUAUCGCUCUUCUUUCUCUAUACAUAUAUAUUUGUGUGGAGUGUAGCCUACAAGGUAAACAGAGGACAAGAGUUCAGAUGAAUUUAACAUUCAUGUUCAUCCAUUCCAUUGAGAUUGCCUUACAGUACAGUAAAACAAGAGGGACAAAAAGGUCUACAGUAGAUAUGAUCACACAUACUCGUAAAUAGCCUAUAUUUGACAGAAAUGCACCUAAGCUACACCCAUUUAGUGCCAUAGAAACCUUUAUUUGCCUUUAGACAUGAAUCAUACUUACUUGGUCAGUAACUUAUUCAGAAGUAGGCCGGAUUAUUACAGUUUUGUGUUUGGAGCUGCAUGUGUUUUCACCAAUUAUAUUAGUCAAAGAAAAACUAUAUAAAUAUUUGCAUGGGAUAUUAGUACUUAAAUGCAAGUAUUCUGUUUAAAAUUUGGUGUCGGUAGAAGUCUGUUGUAUAAUUGGACAUUUUUGAAGAAUAUAGUGAGUCCCUUUGGUAUUGGCAAAGCAAUCCCUAGGUUGUGUGUUUAUUUAACAAGAUGGUUUAUAAUGUGUGUUACCAGGAAGGAAAAAAAAAACAUUUUUGAUGUCCAAAAAAAAAAGCUUGGUAUAUACAAUAUAGAAUUGAUUUGCCUCAAUGGAUGUCUCGGUUCUUACUUGAAGUAAAUGGCAAAUUUCAAUUCAACUCUCUGAUCCACUGUUGAGCCUUUUGCCUUAAAAGCUGAAAAAGGAAAUGAUACCUGGCAGUACCUGAUAAGUUGCAUCACCUGUAGAGUUAUGCUACUUGGUUGGAUUGCUAAACGAAGAAAAAUGAAUAAAAAAUUCUUGGCUAAUUUUGGUCUUACAGACAUCUUUGGGUGUCGAGAAGCACACAAAUCAAUUGAGGUAGCACAUAGCUCAAGGUUGCCAUGGUGCAGAGAUUGUUCUGAGAGGUUAGGAUAUCGCCAUAUUUGCCACUGUGAAUUGAAUGAAUUCAGAAUUCACUCGUAAACAAUCAACUUUGGCUUCUCUGUCAUCCAGAGCCAAAGGACACUGGGGAUAAAAGUGGUGUACCUCAAAAAAAAAAAAAUAUUGAUGGAAAGGAAAUUCUUAUGAAAAAUGCUUGUACAGCUAUGCUAACAAAGAGUUAAAAAAUUGUGUGAUCCAUCUUGUCGUGGGUAGUGUAAUUCUGCUUAAACCAGCCUAAAUCAGAGAUGUAUCUAUGCGGAAGUGUUAGAUUAGUGUCGGCAGAUGUCUCAUGUUUCCUACCUUACAAAGGGGCAGCGAACUGCACCUUGUACUUUUUAUUGGACCUGCAGUUUUACCUCAUCAGUGAAAUUUUGUGUGAUGACGCUGACAUUUAUCCUCUGUGAUUUCUUCUCGUUUUUUCCUGAUGCCAGUCGUGUAGAUUUCUCUCUUAUAGUGUGUGUGAGUGACUUUUCAAUAUAUGCAUGUCGAACCUAAAACAUGCACAAGUCCCUUUUUUUAGAACAGAAAAAGCAUAGUAACCAUGAUUCAACAUGUUUCUCUUCAUUGCAACCAACAGAUGAGUCUGUUAUCAAGUGCAGGUCAUAUAGGGUAAAGGGUACAGUCUAAUAUAAGGUGGGGAAUGAAGGUAGCUAUAAAACUUUACCUCUGUAAGUCAAAACAAUACAAUUUUACUGUAUGACUAAUGCUAGUUCGACCGCCUUCCCUGCCUGAACACUUGGUUAUUAAUCCCCCCCACCCACCAAUAGGACCUGUGUAAUAUCGAGCACAGUGGUGGCAUGGUGCCUUUUAUUUGUUACUACCGAAAGGUACGGUCUUCCAUUUGUAUUUCCCAGAAGCCUUAUAAUGGGAAAAAGAAAUUACACUGAACAUACACAACUACAGUGGAUAGGCUCAUAUUCCCUCUGAGCGUGAUUAUUUCAACCCUAUGUGAUCUGAGUUAUAAGAAACAAAGAGAGGAGAAAAAAAAGCCUGGAAAAACUCCUCCUGUAUUAGUCUGGAUUUCAUUAUGCAGUGACUGAGUGCUCCCUUUUGGGUGGCAGAAUAAAUUGCACAUUACUGAUGCGAUUUAGGGCACAUCAAACAUUGAAUGGAGGGGGGAUCAAUAGUAUGAAAGCACAAAUCCAAAGAAGGCACCUCGGGGCUCAGUUGGCUCUCCAAACACCAAGGAGUGAAGGAGCCUAUAGACCAAAUUUAGGCAAAGAUGAGAGGAAAGAAAAGACACCCGACUCCUCUGUGUGCAGAAGACACGAGGUUUCGAUUGUCAGUAACACAUCAACUGUAGAAAGACCAUCGUGGUGGAGUUUCAGAGCUUCUUCUGACUGUUCUUCUCAACUCUAUUCAUCGACGAUUAGUAACUUCACAAUACAAACCAAGUUGUGAAACGAUGCGGUACCUGCGCUCAAGAUCAAGUUUAGGCAAAACUGUUUGUUGUGACUGUGUUGCAAAUUGAUUGUAGAGAUUGUUUUGUGUUUAUUUAGGGUAGACUGACUACAAGUAGGGUUGCAGUAGUAGCUGUGUGCAGUGUUAAUAACAGUGUGAUCAUACUUAUAGAAGUGACGUAACAUUUGUUGUCUUGCCACGACAUUAAGGCAUGAAUCAUCUUCUCUAAAGCUGACCUCGUUUGAAAUAGACAAAAGAUAAAAAGUGCAAUAACCUUUUGUUUAUCAUUGCUUCCUCAGUUGAGAAAAAUAAAAAAAAUAUUAUUUAAUAUGCCCUUUCUGUUAACACCAAAAGUCACUCGUCUGUAGCAAAUGAAGGAUUUCAAGUGGUCCUCUUGUUUGUAUUCAGAGAGGUGGCAUUUGAUAGUGGAGUGUUUGAUAUUCCAUUCUUAAAACUGUGAUCAAUGUCCAACUUUAAAAGCUGCCUGCUCAGAGAAAGGACUGUGCACAAGUUGACUGGUAGAUAUGAGUAGGUGCUUUUUUUUUUUUUUUUUUUUUUUUUUUUAUGGAUGGACUUUGAUAGUAUUGUAGUCUGGACUUCUGGUUUAUUAGCCGGUAGACAUGUUCAUUUGCAUGUGUAGAUGUGUAUAUGCAUCCUCUUCCUCCUUGAAUGAAAUGUUUUCUCAAAAAUAUUUAGACCUGCUGUCAGUGAUGUAUGCGGAUAAAAGGAAAUAUGAAAUGCCUUAUAUUUGUUUUCAAUGUUAAGCAUUAAGGGUUCUACGUGUCCCUCCCUUUUCAGUGUGUAGCCUAAAGCUUGUACAGUUAAGAAACUCAUGAGAUUUAUAUCUACUGUAUAGCCUAUGUGUUUUCAGAAUUUGUUACUUGGAGGUCCUGUGAUUGUGAUUUUAGAGAAACAUUCCCCUUGAAAGUGCCGUUUGUUUUCACCAGCAGAGGAUGCGUCUUUGGGCGGGGUUGGGGGGGUGGGGGUGAAAUGUAUUUACACGAAGGAAAACAAAUGUUCAGAACACUUUCCAGUGUUUACUGUUGAACCUGUUGAACUGAAUGACACAAAGUAUUUGUGCAGGUGAAAAAUAAGGCAGCAAUCUUCUGAUGGAGCACCUUAUCGACUUGCUCCUUCUGUGAGCCCACGAUGGAAAUAGUCUCACUACCGAGCUUGAUUACUCUAAAGCAGAGCCAUAUCAGAGAAUUUGCCCAUUAGGAGCCCCCCUUGAAUGUGCUAUUAGGAAUAGCCUACUGUAGGAAAGGAUGUAUACUGCAUGUUCUGUGACAUUUUUAGUAGUGGUAGUCCCUUUUCAUGUUUUUGUUUUUAGUCCGCUUCACUGUAGAUGUUGCCAACUCAUUGCAACUCACAAGCUAUUAACAAUCCUCUCACAACUGGACUUGAAGCAGGCAUUGAUCUGCUGCUGAUGCAGCCUUAAUUCAUGACGAAUUCAAAAAAACAAAACAAAAAAAAAGUGAUUGAUAAUGGGUUGCCUGUUUUUACAUUGAGUGGCUUAUCUAAGGGGAAAUACAAAGGAGCCCUUAUUAUGAGUGGAAGGACUCUGAAUCAGGGCAUGUGAUGAGUUACAAUCAAAUAGUUUCACAGUGCACCUUUACACACACACACACAAAAAAAAGUUGGCUCGUCCACCCAACAUUCCAAAGUUGAUUUCAUUUUCCACAGUCCUGUCCCACUGAUUGAGGAAAUCUUUUUGCUUUUUUUUUUUUUUUGCUGGUGAAUGAAGUGGGCAUGUGUGUCAAUGACAGGGUUCCCUAUUUAGCCUAACGCUGAUUACCUCAUUUACAAAAAUCUGCAAAUAUACUAUUCUACUGUGUGUAAAGGAGUCAAUGCCAUCACCAGCAGCGUGGUCUCUAGACCUGUGAUGACAACAGGACCAAUGAAGUUAGCCAAUUUUAGAAUAUGACCAGUCGGGAAAUAUAGGGUUUAAGACACUAUUCAAAUUAUUAUUAUUUUUUUUUUUUUGUAAGGCAGAAUGGGCCUCUAAGAUUUCUUCAGUUAGUAAAUCACCACAGUUGCUACACCAGUCUGCAUCUGGAGCAAUCAGGAGACAUACAAUUUUGAGAUUUUUUUUUUUUUUGUCUGGGAUGUUUUUUUAAUUUGGUGGUCAAAUCAAUAUUGCACAUUAUUUUUAACAAAAAAAAAUAAAGGUGAAAAUUAAACGCUACAGUUGUAACGCAACCGCUCCUCAAAUGCCGGCUGGAAUAGCAACUGUCGGCACUAGCAUGGUUCAAGAAGUCGAGCCGAAGCCUGGUGUGUCUCACUAUUAUUUUUAAGUGAACGAUCAUGUUAGCAUCACUUGCUGUUUUUCAGUAGCAUUUCUCCUACCUCCUUGUUUUGCAGCCUUGAGUAUUGUUUUUGUCUCUCCACCUGUUCUGACAAAAAAAAAAAAAAGUCUAUUCACAGUACGGGAAUACAGAUUUAUCAUAAGCAAUGGUAGUUAUACAUAAAAAGUGUGCUUGGUUGUGCUGUAUGUGUAUAUGUCUAUUUGACGUUGAAAAAAAAAAAAAAAUAUUUAUGAGAAGCAUUUAUACGACAAAAUACCACUGGAAUGUGAAGCCAGACAAUGUUAUGAUGCAGAUUAUGAUGAUAGUCUAUCCCCUUUAACAUUCAGUGGCGAAUGGUCAGAGGAUUCAUCUUCUUGGGAAAAUAAAUAACCAUGCAUUGGCUUUUUUUUUUUUUUUUUUUUUAACACCAUGUAUUUCUUUGGUUUCCUCUGUGCGUAUACUUCCCUGUCUAGCCCUAUAGUGUACAUUAUUUCAACGUUUACAGCUUCAUUCUGGGUCAGCCAUCGAUUGCCCUGCAGUUGUAAUGAUACCACAGGUUGUCACGAGGAAGAUAGUGAGGUGGAUUUGUAAUUCUGUACGAGGGCGAGUUUGAGCCCCUCUAGCCGUAUGCCUUCGAAAUCCAUUUGUCCACUGCGAACCAAAUUCUGCUAGAUUUAGAUCUCCACACUGCCCUGACAUUUUACAUUCAGUUUGACUACAAGGGGUACAGGACAAGGUGAAAGGUUUGAGGUUUUCUGACCAGGGCCCCCCACCCAUUCACCCCACCCACCUAUGCCUAAUCCAGGACAGGACCACCCCCCCGCUCCCCCGUCACCCACCCACUGUCUCACCUAAACCUCAAGCCAUUCAUUUUUCUGUUUUGUUUUUUCGACAAUGCAAUCCUGAAAGCACUUUGCCUUGUUAUUCCUUUGUGUGAACAUGUGAAUGAUAAUUUGUUACAAAAAUGUUAAAUAUGUAAAAGAUCAUUCACUGUUUUGGAAAAACCUGCAUCUGUCUUUCUGACGUUAAAAGAAAAAAAAAAACAAUUUAGUGACAUUAAACCUGAAUCUAUUUUAUAAAAUGUUUGCUGCAGCCAAUUGGUCUUGUCAUUCAGUAUUGUGGCUUAGGGUUGUUUGUGUUCAAUAAAGUGCUAUUGCUAAAUA